AUGAUAUUCGCAUUAAAUGAUUUGGAUUUCGAAAUUAAAUUAAAUCGUUUUGAAGAAAAACCAUUAAAAUUAUUUCGACAAGAUUUUUAUUUGAAACUUUUUAUUUUAGCACUUUCAUUUAAUCAACCAAAGUUUUGUCCAACAGCAGCUUGGAAUCCUUUUGGAAUUACUUUUGCUAAUCAAACAACAAUUGGACGAGAUCCUUACGCCCUUUUUAUCAAUACGAAUAACACAGUUUAUACACUUAAUCGAGACAAGAAAGAAAUCUUAAUGUGGAUUAACAAUAGUAUCAAUCCAAACAAAAUUGUUUCUGUCGAUUUCGUUUAUUCAUUUUCCAUCUUCGUUACAAAUAAUGGUGAUAUUUAUUAUGAUAAUGGUGACGAGAAUGGUCGAGUUGAUAAAUGGAUAUCAAAUACAAAUACUUUUGUUAAUGUUAUGAAUGUUAAUUCAUCAUGUAUGAGUCUUUUUAUCGAUAUUAAUGAUACUUUAUAUUGUUCAAUGUAUUUUCAUGAUAAAAUUGUGAAAAGAUAUUUAAAUGAUAGUGAAAUGAUACCAAUAACUGCAGCUGGAACAGGUAUUCAUGGUUCUGCUUCGAAUCAAUUUAAUCAUCCUUGGGGUAUCUUCGUGGAUUUAAACUUUGAUUUAUAUGUGGCAGAUUGUUACAAUGAUCGAAUUCAAUUAUUUCAAUCCGAAGAAUCAAAUGGAACAACAAUAGUUGGAGAAGCAUCAUCAAAUAACAUUAUUUCACUCAAACGUCCAUCUGGAAUUGUAUUAGAUGGUGAUAAAUAUCUUUUUAUUGUCGAUUCCGACAAUCAUCGUAUAAUUCGAUUAAGAUCAAAUGAUAUUCGAUGUAUAAUUGGAUGUGGUGGAGAAGGAUCACAAUCCCAUCAAUUAUCAAAACCGCAAACUCUUAGUUUCGAUAGUUAUGGAAAUAUAUUUAUUACUGAUAUUUACAAUGACCACAUUCGAAAAUUUGAUUUCUUACCAAAUUCUUGUGAUAAUUCAUCCAUUGUGCAAUCUGUGUAUUCGUCGGUAUUAACAGAAAAUCAUCCAAGAUAUUCUCGUAUUGAUUUUGAUCUUUCAAAUUACUAUUUUGAAGCUAUACAAAUGAAUGUCAAUGAAAGUCGUUAUCAUACUCUUAAUAUCAACAGCAGUAUUGAUACAUAUGUUUACAUGUACACAGAGAAUUUCUAUCCAUCCGAUCCACAUAUAAAUUUAAUUCUGAAGAAUGAUAACAGUUUUGGUGAAGAUCAGUUUGAGAUCAGAACUGUUCUCCAGUCCACUACUGCAAAUAUAUUGGUUGUAACAACUUUUGAUCCAAAUGUAACAGGAGCAUUCUCAAUUAUUGUGUCUGGUAUCAAUAGUGUCACUUUCGAACGUCUAUUUGAAAAUCAUGAUAAAUGUAUUAUUGGUGGUGCAUGUGGUAAUCAAGUUAAGGUUAUUGGUAUAACUCUUGACGAUAUUUUACGUUAUGAAAUUAAUCAAAGUAUGACAUUGAAGAAUCAACCAUUAUUAAUCAAAAUAAGUAUUGCUUUAACAAUAAUUAUGUUUAUUUUGGGUUUAAUCAAUAGUAUUUUAUCAUUUUUAACAUUUCAAAAUGAAAAUUUAAGAAAAGUUGGAUGUGGAAUAUAUCUUUUAGCAUCUUCAAUAACUUCUCUUUUAACAAUUUCAAUGUUUACAAUUAAUUUUUGGUUUAUUCUUCUCACUCAAAUCAAUUUAUCUGUUCAUCGAGGUGGAUGUAUUUCUAUUGAACCUCUCCUGAAACUUUUUCUUUAUUUUGAUACAUGGCUUAAUGCUUGUGUUGCUAUUGAACGAGCAAUUAAUGUUUAUCAAGGUGUUAACUUUAAUAAAGAAAAGAGUCAACGUUUUGCUCGAUGGAUUAUAUUCAUCUUACCAUUUUGUAUCUCAGCUACAAUCAUUCAUGAACCUUUACAUCGCAAUAUCUUCGAACAUCAACUAGAAGACCAGAUUAUUGAAACAAAAGUGAUAGUAGAAAUGCAUAAAUGGUGCGUAGUUAAUUAUUCUCGUGUUAUCCAAGAUUACAAUACAGCCAUUCUUUUUAUUCAUCUAAUUGGUCCAUUUGUUGCAAAUCUCUUUUCUGCUUUAUUCAUUAUUUUUGGAACUGCUCAACAACGAUCAUCAGCUCAGACAAGUCAGAGUUACAUGGAACAUAUUCGUGAACAAUUCCGUGAACAUAAACGAUUAUUGAUUAGUCCAUCGAUUUUACUUAUUUUAUCAAUGCCACGUUUAAUAAUUUCAUUAUUACCUGGAUGUGUAAAGGUAUCUGAUAAUCCUUGGUUAUAUCUUUGUGCUUAUUUUAUUUCAUUUACUCCAUCAAUACUUGUCUUUAUUAUAUUUGUCAUUCCAUCGGAAUUGUACAGAAAUACUCUAAAAGAAACAUUGAAAAACUGGCAACGACGAAUUUGUCAAUGA